AUGAAGUUCAGCUCCGUUCUCCUGCUGGCGGCAUCCGCCGUCGCCGCCCCCGUCGUGGAGGAGCGCCAGUCGGCGACGAGCAUCGACGCGCUGAUCAAGGCCAAGGGCAAGCUGUACUACGGCACCUGCACGGAUCAGGGGCGGCUGACGAGCGGCAAGUCGGCGGACGUGAUCAAGGCCGACUUUGGGCAGGUGACGCCGGAGAACUCGAUGAAGUGGGACGCGACCGAGUCGUCCAACAACAACUUCAACUUUGCGCAGGCCGACUACCUCGUCAACUGGGCCGUCCAGAACAACAAGACCAUCCGCGGCCACACGCUGUGCUGGCACUCGCAGCUGCCCGGCUGGGUCAGCAACAUCCGCGACAAGGCCCAGCUGACCAGCGUCCUCGAGCGCCACGUCACCACCCUCAUGACACGCUACAAGGGCAAGAUCAGGGCCUGGGACGUGUGCAACGAGAUCUUCAACGAGGACGGCUCCCUGCGCAACUCCGUCUUCUCCCAGGUCCUCGGCGAGGACUUCGUCUCCAUCGCCUUCAAGGCCGCCCGCGCCGCUGACCCCGACGCCAUCCUGUACCUGAACGACUACAACCUCGACAGCGCGAGCUACGCCAAGGUCACCACCGGCAUGGUCGCCCACGUCAAGAAGUGGCUUGCAGCUGGCGUUCCCAUUGACGGCAUUGGAUCCCAAGCACAUCUGAGCGGCGGACAGGCCGCCGGCUUCGGCGCAGCCCUCAAGGCCCUCGCCGCCACGGGCGUCAAGGAGGUGGCCAUCACCGAGCUCGACAUCCAGCAGGCGCCCGCCAACGACUACGCGCAGGUCACCAAGGCGUGCCUGGACGUGUCGACCUGCGUUGGCAUCACCGUCUGGGGCGUCCGCGACCCGGACUCGUGGCGCGCCAGCACCAACCCGCUGCUGUUCGACAGCAACUUCAGCCCCAAGGCGGCCUACAACGCCGUCGUCCAGGCUCUCCAAUAG